GAGUUGCAACAGAGCCUACUAGAGCUGAAGUCCAAAAUCGAGAACAUAGUCUGCCUUGCUCUGGGAGGUCUACAUGGUUUGGAGAUCGAGCCAAAAAGGAGAAAAUAUUGUAUGCAACACCACAUGGUCUGUGCAACAGCAAAGUUUCUCUCCCAGCAUUAUGCGUCAUUUUCCCCUUCUGUUGCUGCAAAAUUUAUUCUUAUCGUUGCAUUCGACCCCUGCUAUACUCUGGAAGACGCACAUAUCCUGUCCAAACUGUCGACACCCAUCACAGUCGUCUCACAACCAUAUCAGUACCUGUCCGUCACCCCUAACACGCUUGUCUUGUGUUUUCAUGCACCGGGAUUUGAGCCUAUCUAUGAAAUCAUCGCUGACCUACUCUUCCCAGCUGGACCAGCGGCAAUGCUCUGCAACAUGAUCGUAGAACAUUCAUGGCACAAGGAGGGUAAGAUGUCAGUGAUUGAUCAGCGCGUGCCGCGUGUAGGUAAAAUGUUGGAGCAGUACGAUAGCGUGUGGCUAGAUGCAGGUUGGGACUGUGGAAAGCAGAAUGUUAAAGAGAGCCUUCGGUGGACGCAAGAUGUGGUGUUUAUAUACGAAAAAGCUAGAACCUUAAAUAUAGCAAAAAGUAAGUAA